UUCAAGGCAGAAGUGUUCUGCGUCCGAGUGUGAGCUGUGGUGAAUUUCUCAGUCAGCCUGGGAAAUGUAAAGCAACUGGUGUCCGAAAAGCAGUUCUCACUUACACAAAGCACUGUGUGCACGCACAUAACGCUCGUUAAGCGUCAGUUUAAUGUUUCCUCAAGCGUUUCAACAGUAGCGCGGACUCGCUCCCUGCUGUCAAAACACGGACUUGACGCGCUUUAAAUAUAACUGCACGUUCAAAAACAGUCGUUUCCCGCUAAAAAUGCAAUAUAUGCCGCUGUUUGCAGCGGAAUAAAAGAGCUCCGCUGUGUUUCUAGUCUAAUGUAGUCGGGUUUGUUAUGUAGGUCAGGCCAGGCUUAAGCAGCUUUACUGAACCUGCGUCAGCUUAAGCUAAAAGGAAUUCCAGCAAAGCCCUCCCCGGGUAGGCGUGGGCCUAAUCGAGGCUGGCCUAGUUAAGCCUGAUUCUUUUUCUUACGUCUGUGUGCUUGAGAGCCAGUUUGUGCAUGUGUGUGUUGUUUAACCGAGACAAGCAGUGCAGCAGUCUGCUCACACAAGUGAGUGGAGAAAGACAGACACACAGCACAGGGAGAAGAAGAGCAGGAGAUCAAACCUAGAGCACUGAGACCAGACUAAAGGCGGGAUGUCUACCUUAUUCAUGUCUAACAGCAUGGUGGGCAAGGCCCGCUCCUCCAACUUCACCCUCUCUGAAAAACUGGAUCUUCUGCGGCUGGUCCAGCCUCAUAUACGCAUUCUGGAGGAGCACACCAACAAGCACGCCGUGAUCGUGGAUAAGAACCGCUGCUGGGACAGCAUUGCAGAACGCUAUAAUAGUUUCGGAGGCGAGAGGCCCCCCAGAACGGCUCAGGGCCUUCGGACCCUCUAUAAGCGACUUAAAGAAAGUGCCAAGCAGGAAGUUCUUCAGCGAAGCCACGCCCAACCCGAGUACCGGGGCAGCAUCUCAGAGCCAACCAAGCGCAUCAUGGAAAUGAUACCACAACUGUUUCAUGUGGGGGACAAAGAGCCGAACGCACUCCACAGGCUUCAGUUCAAGAGGAAUUCUCCAGUGGAGCAGGCAGGCAGCAGUUUGUCCCUUCCAGCGUUGUCGGACUAUCCGUCUGUUGCAGCUGUGAGGGUGGAGACUGAGGAUGUGAAACCACCUCCUGACAUCCACCUGAUAACAUCCCACAGCUCACCUGUCACCAUCGCCACCCCGAGCAGUCAGGCCCACCACGGACAGAACGACAGGGACAAUGAAGUAGUGGAAGAGGAGGAAGACGAGGAGGAGGAAUUAGCCUCCCACGUGUACGCGGCCUCUCUUUCUCCGUGCCCUUCUUCCGUACACCUGCCGCCCUCGCCGUCGGCACCCGGCCCCAGGAGGAGCGCGUAUCAGAGGGGGAGGGGAAUGUUCAAGAAUCCCGUUUUUGAGGCGGAAGCUCUGCAGAUGAUGCGAGAGGAGCAUGAGCUGCUUCUGGCCAAUCACAGAAAGCUUGGACUGUAUCUAGAGGAGAAGAGGGAGGGGCUUAAGAGGAAGCAACAGUUAGAGGAGGAGCUGCUGCGGUCGAGAGUCAAAGUGGAGAAACUGAGAGCGGCCAGGCUACGGCAAGGAUUGCCGUUGAUGUGACAUGUAUGGUGUCACAUCUUGAAAGUCUGUCACAAAGGGAAGUAAUGUGAAGUUAAAAUGAACAGACUUGUUUGUACAGUUGUUUAUUGUUUUUGUAUUCUAUUGACAUUUGUACAAGGAUUAUUCCUGAUGUUUGUAGCAGGGAUGAAUGUUUUUAAUGUAUGAAUGCCUGGAUGAAGAAAAAGAAAAGAUUUUAUUUUGUAUGUAUUCGCUAAUAAAUUCAUAAUUGCUUUAAUCUCAGUGUUUUUGAGCCUGUCCUUUUAUUUGUUUUUUUUUGUUUUUUUCAGCAACAGCAAUGAAGGAGAUCCUUCUCAGUCAAGCUGUU